CCCUCCUCCAUCUAUAAAUGCAGCUCCGGUGCACCGAUCUUACUUGGAACGGAGACAGGCAGGCCGUCGUCACACACACCCACACACAGUCGCAGCGAACAGCGGCUCCCAAAAUUCCCGGGUCAGAAGGGCAGAGCAUCGGCAAGCAGAUGGGGAGGCAGCCGUGCUGCGACAAGGUGGGGCUGAAGAAGGGGCCGUGGACGGCGGAGGAGGACCAGAAGCUCGUCGGCUUCCUCCUCACCCACGGCCACUACUGCUGGCGCGUCGUCCCCAAGCUCGCAGGGCUGCUGAGGUGCGGGAAGAGCUGCCGGCUGCGGUGGACCAACUACCUGAGGCCCGACCUCAAGCGGGGGCUCCUCUCCGACGAGGAGCAGCAGCUCGUCAUCGACCUGCACGCGCAGCUCGGCAACAGGUGGUCCAAGAUCGCGGCGCAGCUGCCCGGGAGGACGGACAACGAGAUCAAGAACCACUGGAACACCCACAUCAAGAAGAAGCUCCGCAAGAUGGGCAUCGACCCCGUCACCCACCGCCCGCUGGAUCAAGAGGCCCCUCUUCCACUGCAACAGCCACCGCCGCCGCCGACCACCACCACCACCGCAACGUGGCAACAGCAGGACGGCGCCGAGCACUCCCAGCAAGCAGAGGACGAAGACGUGAAGGCGGUCCCGCUGAUCCAGCCGCCCACCGCGAGCAGCAACUGCUCUGUUUCCCCUGCCUCGGUCAUCUCGCCGUCCUGGUCCUCCUCGUCCGCGGCGUCCGGUCUUGAAGCGGCGCAGUGGCCGGAGCCCAUGUACCUCCUCGGCAUGGAUGGCAUCACGGACGUAGGCUCGGGCUGGGACGCCGGCUUCGUCAUCCCAGGCGGCCUGGGCGUCGACCCGUUCGACCACUACUACCCGGACCCUGCAGGCAUCGAUCAAGAAGCCUGGCUGUGACGCCAUCGAUCCUACCAGCAAUGCACAUAGAUCGAUCGUAGAUUCGCUUCUUUCACCAGCUCGAUCGCCCUUCCCCUCCCUUCCCCUAGCUAGUAGCUUAGCUUCCAUGUCGAAAUGUUACCACCACCAUACCACCUCAGCUUUUCUUGGAACUUGAAGAAAUGCAUGAUAAGAUCAUGUCCAUCCA